ACCAUACACAUAGACACCUAUAGAUUUCAAUACGACCGAUUCAUAAGAAACUUCCAAUUCCCACCAAAUAGUCUGGACUUAUAAAUAACUCACAAUUCCCAAUUCUACUUGAGCUAUUUUCAACGUGAGUUGCCAAAGCGAAGCAACAUCGUGUUGGCCGCAUCAAAGUUCUUUAAACUCGCGAAAAUCACGGUUUUUGUUUUUAGAAUUAAUUGCUAAAGUUUACGGACAAAAAGUUUUAAGUUCGCGAAUUGAACGUUUUUUGUUGGACAAUUGUGAAGUGUGCAUUGUUUGGUUUCUUAUUGUGGUUUGCGAACAGAACUUCACGAUAAACUUUGGGAUUAUUUACAACUAAUUGUGGGAGGAGUGAACUAUGAAUUUCGUUCGACAGGAAUCGGGAUGAGAUGGCCUCCACCAAAAUGAGAAAAAAGCCAACAUAUUGGCUUGAAUCCUAAAAUGGAAAGGAAAAAAUCCUUUAGGAGACAGAAAAGAUACAGACGACCGUGGCUGAAAAAAUGCAAAGAAUUUCUCAGACAAUUUAUUGCUUUUUUGUUCAGCAAUGUCGGGAUUAUUUUACUGGUGGUAGGAUAUACAAUCGCAGGGUCUUUUAUUUUUAUGUCGAUUGAAGGAAACAAUAAAUUAAAUAUAAAACAUGAACUGAUAAAUAAUAGGAGUAUGUAUGCUGAGAAACUGUGGAACGUUACCCUCGAUAUGAAUCGCAAGGGUUUAGAUGAAAAUGAAUACCUCCAAAGGAUAUCGGAAAUUCUUACAACUUACCAGCAUAUGUUGGUAAAUUUUACGAGGAGAGGACACGAUGGAACCGAUGACUUAACUACUGCUGCUCAAUGGAGUUUUGCUGGGGCUUUCUUAUAUUCCUUGACUGUGAUUACCACUAUUGGGUAUGGUAAUAUAUAUCCUCGAACCUUGGAAGGAAAACUGGCUACCAUAGUGUAUGCAAUCAUUGGAAUGCCCUUAUUUCUCUUAUACCUUUCAAACAUCGGAGACAUUUUGGCAAGAUCUUUUAAAUGGAUUUACGCCAAAUGCUGUCUGUGUCGAUGUUGUCCUGGUGUAGCAAAAAGAAGAGCAAUCCGAGCUAUGAAAAGGGAGCAAAGAAUGCAAAUGGAUUAUGUGAGUGAGGAUGAUGAAGAAAGCCAACGAUCUAGUGAGAGUGGCAAGAGUUCCAUUUCCGUACCGCCUUUGGGACCAAGGGUAUCCAUUGUAAGUGAAACGUGUUCCGAAGAUUUUAAAGAAAACGACAUUCAAAACAUUCCAGUACCGGUUACAGUAUGUUUAACGAUUAUGGUUGGUUACAUUUGCGGCGGAGCAUUAUUAUUUCAACACUGGGAGGACACUUGGUCAUUCUUGGACGCGUCUUACUUUUGCUUCAUUUCCCUUAGCACCAUUGGAUUUGGAGACUUGGUGCCUGGAAAUAAAAUUUACGCCAUAGAGAAAGGAUAUUGGGAUUUCAUUUUUUGCUCCAUUUACCUGAUGCUUGGAAUGGCGCUCAUCGCUAUGUGUUUUAAUCUUAUGCAAGAAGACGUAAUCAACACAAUACAAAGAACAAUCCGCACGGUAAAAUACGUUCUGCGUUGUAAUAGAUGACUAUCACGGGAUCAAAAAUACCCAUUUUUCGCCAACGCCGGCUAGACCGCCUGCGGAUCGUUGGAAACAAAUGCAAAACGCACAAAAAAUAAAACAGUCGCCAUUGGUUGUGACAACAACCCUACGAUGGAUGGAUCGGUCGAACGAGGGGGCCAUCACGGAUCAAAAAAUGUUUUGCCAAAAAUUUGGAUAUUAAGAGGGAUUAUCAAUGAGGCUGGGGAGGAAAAUACAGGGAUGUGUAGGAUGCAAUGGCGACGAGGUAUCCAAAGGCAGUCAUAGCAUUUAGUUUUUUUAAAGGAUUUAUAACAAGUUGUUUUAAUAAAAUUUUAAAAAAUUAGAA